AUGCUUCUAGACAAUGCAUCUUUGCCAACGAUCCAUGCCCCCGCGCAGGAGCUCACCGAAGAUCAGUUGAAGGAGUUUACACGUAGGCUGCUCGACGGGAAAUCAUUAACUCAAUCGGAAACGAAACAAAUGUUGAAAACUUUGGAACGUGCCGAUGUUAACCCUGAGUUUUUGAACCAGUUCAUGCAAAUGAGUGACUCUGAUCUGUCAAAAUUAAUUGACUUGAAUGUGAAGAUUGCUAUAGAAGUUAUCGACUUGUGUGUGUCAGCUGAUCAAUCUUUGGCAAAUAGCUUUAUUCGUGUUUCGGAUGCUGCCCAAGGUUUCUCAGCAAAUGGUGAUCAAAAUGAUUUGGAAUUCCAAUGUCAGCCUGUCUUCCGGCAGUCAUACUUGCGGUCCAUCAUGCUAGGCUCUCAGAAAUGUGCGAAAAUCAACUCAGUAGAGGUUGAUGUCAAGCGGAGGCAAAAUGAAAAGGAGCUCGGCAAAAAAGCUUCUGAACGAUGGGAAUGCAUUCUAAGGUAUCUGGCACUGCCUUCAGACAAAAAUAUGAGCUCCGUGUCAUCAACGACACGUGAGCUUUUCUCCGCUGCCGGUUUCACUAGUGACAACGAUGGCUCGGCAGAUCUUGAAAUCACUUCAGCCGGGUUUCAGUUUUUAUUGUUGAGCCCUGUGCACCAACUCUGGACGUACAUGAUUGAGUAUCUCAAACUAGAGUCUUUCAAAGGCCGAGACAUCAGACCCGUUCUGGAGCUACUCAUCAGGGUUAUUCUAUGCGUCGUCAGAGGUUUAAUAAAUCCUUACGUGGUUUCCGCAAUCAAAGCGUAUACAGUCGUUGCAGGAGGAGGCUUUUCCCAAACUGCAUUCGAAAUCAGCAGCAAUUGGACAGAAGAUCAGACAACGCUCAUAAUGCACAUGAGGGAAUUGGGACUUAUUUUUAUUCGGAAAAGGAAGGACGGGUGA